AUGGCGAUGAUGACUGGCCGUGUGCUGCUGGUGUGUGCCCUCUGCGUGCUGCGGUGCGGUGCCGGCGGGGUUUAUGCGAGGAACCCCGACAACAAUUCACUGGGCGGCUACAUGGCGUCGAGAGGGUUUGGAAGGAAUAAGUCGUUUUUGUCAAACGGAUCUAUUAAAAACUUAUCCACACCGCUUUUGCUGUCAGCAUCGUUUAUCUCGGCUAUGCAAGCCGAAGCUCGUGAAGGAAAAGUUCCUUCUGCAAAAGUUACUGAUUCACAUUUAAGUGGAGCCACGGGUCGUAGUCCUGCUUUUUCCGGUCCUGAUGCUGCUAUUGCCCGUCCCACUGUUCCCGGUCAUGUUCCUGGUGCUGCUAUUCCUGGUGCUGAUUUUUCCGCUCAUGUUCCUGCUUUUUCCGGUCUUGGUUCUGCUGGUCCUGUUCAUGGCCCUGUUUCUGGUGCUGAUGCUAUUCCAGGUGCUGCUGUUCAUGGUCACGGUGCUGGUCCCGGUCAUGGUGCUGCUGCUUUUUCCGGUCUUGGUGCUGCUGGUCCUGGUGCUAUUCCUGGUCCUGCUCCUGUUCGUGGUCCUACUUUUUCUGGUCCUGAUGCUAAUAUUUUUGGUGCUCCCGUUCCCGGUAAUGGCCCUGCUGCUAUUCCUGGUGCUCCCGUUCCCGGCAAUGGCCCCGCUGCUAUUCCUGGUGCUCCCGUUCCCGGCAAUGGCCCUGAUGCUAUUCCUGGUGCUCCCGUUCCCGGCAAUGGCCCUGCUGCUAUUCCUGGUGCUCCCGUUCCCGGCAAUGGCCCUGCUGCUAUUCCUGGUGCUCCUGUUUCCGGUCAUGGUCCUGGUGCUAUUCCUGGUGCUCCCGUUCCCGGCAAUGGCCCUGCUGCUAUUCCUGGUGCUCCUGUUUCCGGUCAUGGUCCUGGUGCUAUUCCUGGUGCUCCCGUUCCCGGCAAUGGCCCUGCUGCUAUUCCUGGUGCUCCCGUUCCCGGUCAUGGCCCUGCUGCUAUUCCUGGUGCUCCUGUUUCCGGUCAUGGUCCUGGUGCUAUUCCUGGUGCUCCCGUUCCCGGUCAUGGCCCUGGUGCUAUUCCUGGUGCUCCUGUUUCCGGUCAUGGUCCUGGUGCUAUUCGUGGUUCUCUUCGUGGUUCUGCUGUUCCCGGUGAUGAUGCUGCUUUUUCCGGUCAUGCCGCUGCUGUUCCCGGUCAUGCUGCUGGUCCUGCGGGUGCUGGUGAUGGUCCUGCUUUUUCCGGUCUUGUUCCUGCUGUUCCCGGUGCUGGCCAUUCGGUUGGUGGUGGAAGUGAACCUCCGGACUCUCGCUCUGUCGUUAUUUCCUCAAGUCAAGGUGGUAAUGGAAAAACAGCCCCGGUCAGUGUUUCAUCCGAUGAGCAGAUUGUAUCCUCGAAAGAAGUUUUGGCACAAAAGGAAACAGGGAGUCAGGGCACCUCUUCGCCCGAAGGACAGCCAACGGUGUCGUCCAACACUGAAAAGCAAGGAAACAAUUCUGCCUCAGCAGGGAGUCACAGUCUUGGCCACGACGCCGCUGGAGAUGAACUCCAAGACUCUUUGGAAGGACAAAAGAAAAAUGACCAUUCACAAACGAACGAGACAAAAAAAUCAUCAGGGGGCCAAAAUACAGAAUCCCAAAGCAGUGGAGGAGCACUCUCGGAAGUAUCCAAUACAACAACGCAUGGGAUAAAAACUCAACAGCCAAAGAAAAAUUCAGUAAAUGAGAAGAACUACAGUCAAAACACGGAUGCAUCCCACACCACCUCCCCUCUUUUGCUUCUUCUUGUUGCAUGUGCGGCUGCUGCUGCGGUGGUGGCCGCGUGA